AUGUCGCAGUUCGGCCCGUCGACGCGCAUCGGCGUGCUCGGCGGCGGCCAGCUCGGGCGCAUGAUGAUCCAGGAGGCCGUGGACCUGGACGCGCGCGUCGAGGUCAUGGACCCGAGCGCGGAGGCGCCGUGCCGCUACCUGACGCACCGCUUCGUCCAGGGCGACCUCUGCGACGCGGCGGCCGUCGAGGCCUUCGGGGCGGGCCUCGACUGCCUGACCAUCGAGAUCGAGAACGUGUCGACCGAGGGCAUGGAGGCGCUCGAGCGGCGCGGCGUGCGCGUCGUGCCCAAGCCGGCGCACGUGCGCCUCAUCCAGGACAAGGGCCUGCAGAAGCAGUUCUUCGCGGACAAGGGCAUCGCGUCCGCGCCCUUCGUCCUGCAGGACGCGGACGGCGACCGGGGCGCGCUCGGGUACCCGAUCGUCCAGAAGCUGCGGCGCGGCGGCUACGACGGCAAGGGCGUCGUCGUGCUCAAGGACGCUUCGGACGAAUCCUACUUCAAGGGCGCGCCCUGCGUCCUCGAGCAGAAGGUCGCCAUCGCCAAGGAGCUGAGCGUCAUCGUCUGCCGCCGGUCGAGGGACGACGUCAAGGCGUACGAGCCCACGGAGUGCGUCUUCGACCCGCGGGGCAACGUCGUCCAGCUCAUCGUCUCGCCGGCGGACGUCUCCGACGACGUCAAGGCCCGGUCCCGCGCGCUCGCGACGCGCGUCGUCGACGAGCUCGACUUCGUGGGCAUCCUCGCGGUCGAGCUCUUCCUCGACGAGGCGGGCGAGAUCCUCGUCAACGAGGUCGCGCCGCGGGCCCACAACAGCGGCCACCACACCAUCGAGGCCAACGCGACGUCCCAGUUCGCCCAGCUCCUCCGCGUGACGCUCGACCUGCCCCUCGGCUCCGUCGCGCCCGUCCGCGACGCCGCGGCGAUGGUCAACGUCCUCGGCGAGGCCGACGCGCCCAAGGGCGCGCCCCACUACUCGGGCCUCCGCGACGCCCUCGACACGCCGGGCGUCUACCCCCACCUCUACGGCAAGUCGUCCGUGACCCCGUUCCGCAAGAUGGGCCACGUCACCGUCGUCGGCGACGACCGCGCCGCCGUCGUCGCGACGGCCAAGCACGUCCUCGAGUCCGUCGGCGUCACGUGCCUCAAGAAAUAG